UUCCGUUCAAACAAAAAAUACAUAUACAAAACCUUUAACCACAUCAUAAGUCCGGAUCUCUCUAUUCCUCUCGUUCUUCCGUCUACCAACACAAUCAUCAUCACCCAAAAGGUUUCAUUAAUCCAUCUCUCAAUUUCAAGUUACAAUUAGCCAAUUAGGUGAGUUGUAAGGAAAUAUGACGACUGCUGCUAGACCUACAUGGGCACCGGCUAAAGGCGGUAACGAACAAGGUGGAACACGUAUUUUUGGGCCUUCGCAGAAGUAUUCUUCCAGGGAUAUUGCUUCUCACACAACCCUCAAGCCCAGAAAGGAGGGUCAAGAUACACAGGAAGAACUAGAAAGGAGAGACCUUAAAGAGGAGUUAGAGGAGCGCGAGCGGAGGCAUUUCUCAUCUAAAGACAAGGGUUAUAACGAGGACAGAGAUCGUAGGAAGGGUGGUUAUCAUCUACUAGAAGGGUCAAAGAGAGAAGUCGAGGAUCGAAUCUUUCCGCGCAGUGCAGAUGCUGAUGAUGCUGACGAGGAUGAUAAAAGUGAUGAUGACAGUGAUGAAGAUGACGACGAUGAGGAUGACGAAGAAGCACUUAUGGCAGAGCUUGAAUUAAUAAGGAAGGAAAGAGCCGAGGAGAAACGCCGCCAAGAACGUCAAGAGCGAGAAGAGGAGCUUAAACUUAAAGAGGCGGAGACAAUACGAGGAAACCCGUUGCUUAAUAACGCAACAUCCUUUAAUGUAAAACGAAGGUGGGAUGAUGACGUGGUUUUCAAGAACCAGGCUCGUGGGGAAACCAAGGCUCCAAAGCGUUUUAUCAACGACACCAUUCGCAGUGACUUUCAUCGCAAGUUUCUUCAGAAAUACAUGAAGUAAAUCGAGUUUUUUUUGGGUAUUAUUGGAAACAGAAUGUACAAGAAUUUCUGGUUCCAUAACAUAUGGAUCUGGUUCGUUGUAUCAGUUUCUGACUAUGGUUGGAUCAUGUUUGACUGUAUCGAAUUUGACCCUCUUUCUGUAAUGGUUCUACUUGAACAGUUAUAAUGUACAUUUGUUUUUCAA